UCGGACGUCAAUUGCUUCCACGCCAAGGAGAUAAGCUGGUAACAUGAUCAGACAAGCAAUUGAGAUGAAACGAUCCGACAGGCGGACAUGAAGCUCCGGUAAGACAAGAGAUUCUAUGGAUCCCUGCCCCAAUAUGGUAGAUGGCAUUCUCGUGGCUCAGAAGAUCCGUGCCGUCGUGUGCUUGGAGGUUUUGGUGCGACGAGUCGGGUAAUGCUUACGUCGCUGAGACGUCAGAUUCAGCAAAAGAAAUGUUCAGUGUUGGUAACACGAUGUGAGAAAAAAGAUAUAAAUAUUGAGGUGAAUGAGUAGUAAAUUUCACGAUGUCGGCCAAAUCUUGAUGUCUUUGUCAAUUGACCUCUAUCUUACACAACUUCAACACCUUUCUCAACAUGUCUGCUUCAAUACUCAAGCGAGCAACUUGCUCAAUCGCUAGCAAGACAUACUCCCACGGACGGAUAGCUGCUCUUCGGAAGACACCUUUCGCCUCUAAGCUAAUUUGUCAACGACCAAUGCACACCACAGAAAAUGACAGCGCAAAACCAAUGAACCCGGACCCUAGAGAGAAUCCUGCUCAUGAACUCACUUUACCACAAGGGACAAAUGUCGGUCGCAAGCGUUUCUCAGAUUUUGAACUCGCUGGAAAGGUCUUUAUCGUCACAGGCGGUGCUCAAGGUCUUGGAUUGACCUUAGCUGAGAGUCUUGUCGAAGCUGGCGGAAAAGUGUAUUGUCUUGAUCGUGCUGAUCAGCCUGACCAAGGAUGGCAUGAGGCUCAAGCACGCGUCGUCCCAGAAUGGGGCGGAUCUCUACACUACCGCAAACAAGACGUAUCAGACGCCGAAGGUCUCGAUAAACUCAUCACCGCCAUCGCAGAUGAGAAUCAAGGUCUCGACGGCGUGAUAGCCGCUGCAGGCGUCCAGCAUAUUUCACCCACCGUGGAAUAUAAUGCAGAUGAAGUAGAACAAAUGCUCUCCAUCAACUACACGGGCGUUUUCAUGACGGCCAAAUCAGCCGCCAAGCAAAUGAUGAAGUACAAGAAACGCGGAAGCAUCUGUCUCAUCGCCAGUAUUUCCGGCCUCAAAGCGAACCGCGGUCUUGUUUCACCCGUUUAUAACUCCAGCAAAGCAGCUGUUAUCCAACUUGCGCGCAAUCUUGCUAUGGAAUGGAGUCCUAUUCAGAAAGACGGCACUGGAGGGAUUCGCGUCAAUUGUAUUAGCCCUGGACAUAUCAUGACGCCCAUGGUGCAGAGCAACUUUGAGGAGGUACCUGGCAUGCGGGAGGAGUGGGAGAGGGAGAUCAUCAUGGGGAGAUUGGCGGAGACGCAGGAGUUUAAGGGUGCGGCGUUGUUCUUGUUGAGCAAUGCUAGUAGUUACAUGACGGGGAAUAACCUUGUGAUUGAUGGAGGACAUACGUCGUGGUAAUAAUGGAUGGGUUGGUGUUGGUAAGGAGAUUCGAUGACUAGAGAGGAGAAUCGAUGAUAGAUUAAUAGCAAGCCAAGCCAUUUGUUUUACAAUGCAACUUUUAUCCCUUC